AAGAUCAUACAGCGAAUGAACACACGAGCAACAAGUCAUUUUAUACUUUGUUGUGUCUUCGCUCGCGUCGCAUAAACACAAGGCAAUUCAUUGUUUAUUAAAGUUAGCUGGAUUGUUUUGAACAAUGGAAUCUACUAUCACAAAAGUUGCUGCUGGGGCAUCGCUCGUGACUUUUUUGGCGAUUUCCUACAAGAAAUGGCAACAAAAUCAAAUUCCAAGAAGAUGGAUUCAAGUCGGAGAAAUCUCAGAUUUGUACUUUUUUCCUAUCAAAUCAUGCGGAAAGCUUUCAACACGAGAGGUUGAAUGCACAAAAAUGGGAAUUAAGCAACAAUUUCUAUGGGAUCGCUCUUUUAUGGUUAUUCAAGAGUCGACAAAUCGUUUUGUAACUGCACGUCAAUUCCCGGCUUUGGUAAAAUUGAUGCCAAAAAUCAAAAAUGAGUCGAUUUUGACACUUUCGGCACCAAAUAUGGAAGAAAUUGAAGUCGAUAUUGCGAAAGUUGUUGCGAAAAAUGAAGUUGUAAAGCCGGGAACGUGGGAAAAUGUGCCCAUGGAGACACUUGAUUGCGGAGAUGAUGUCGCUAAAUGGCUUUCAAUGUACAUUUUGAAGGAAGAAAAGGGAUUGCGGCUCGUUUUUUAUCCAUUAGAUUAUCCAACUAAACCCGUUUACGAAAGAAGCAAAAAUUUCCCCUUGGCUACUUCAGAACACACAGGAGCUUUACACGACGAGACAAGUUUCAUGAUGAUCAACGAAGCAUCGGUCGAGGAUUUGAAUAAAAAAGUUGAUUUUACUGUAACUCCAUUAACUUUUCGCCCGAAUCUCGUACUAAAAGGACCAAAUGCCUUCGACGAAGACAAUUUCAAAUGGGUUAAAAUUGGAGACGAAAUUAUUAUGAGAGUCACUCAGCAAUGUUUGCGAUGCGCUUUUACGGUAAUUGAUCCAGAAACAGGCGAGAGACGAAGCGAUGGACAACCGUUGAAAGCUUUGAAGGAAUAUCGUCAAUUUCCGGAGUACGGAACGUCGCCAGUUAUGGGAAUUCAUCUUGGAUUGAUCAAUGGCGGAGGAAAAAUUCGAGUUGGAGAUCCUGUUUUCGUUCAAGGAUAGAAAUUUUUAGUGUUUUUGGUAUGAAAAAGCCUCGAAUAGGAAAAAAAUUGCACGAAAAAUGAAGUUUUGAACAAUUUGUCAGUAACAAACGCUUGACAAACAUUUUGAAUUUUCUCUUUACCUCAAAU